GAGGAAACCAAACGCAGACAAGACGUGUUCUGUUUUCAGAGUGCUUUUUUUGAAUGAACUAAAAAUGGAAUCUGAAAAGAAAAGGAAAAAACACUGAUUGGCAAAACCAAAUGGAGCUUUGCAGGAGAAACGUUUCUGUUCGAGAGAAAAGCAGACUGGUGAAAGCCCAAUAAUGUAUCUCACCUGAAGUGUGACCCUGUACUGUAGUAGCCACCAUGGCAGAAGCACACCAGGCUGUGGCCUUUCAGUUCACUGUCACCCCUGAUGGCAUUGACCUACACCUGUGCCAUGAGGCUCUACGUCAAGUUUACCUCUCUGGCCUCCACUCCUGGAAGAAAAGGUUCAUUCGGUUCAAGAAUGGGAUAAUGACUGGUGUGUACCCGGGCAGCCCUGCUGGGUUCAUGAUAGUGGUUGUGUCCUACAUGUCCUACAAUAAAUACAAACAGCUGGAUCCCUCUAUGGGAUUGAUUGCCAAGCUGGGUCAACACAUACCCAUCAGCCGAUAUAUGUCCACUGACAGCCAGAGGAUAGUUGGAGGAGUUCUGGUGGGUACUGGCCUGUGGGUUACCAUAAUCAUGAUUAUGAGGAAUGUCCUGAAGUGUUUGUUGUCGUGGCAUGGCUGGAUGCAAACACGCCAUGGUUCUAUGACCUGGUCUACCCGUCUGUGGCUGUUAUUAGUGAAGAUAUUCUCUGGGAGGAAACCAAUGCUCUACAGUUUCCAGAACUCCCUGCCACGGCUAUCUGUUCCUUCCAUCAAGGACACCUGCAGAAGGUACCUGGAGUCAGUGCGUCCCCUGAUGGAUGAUGAGCAGUAUGCAAGGAUGAAGGGCUUGACUAAAGACUUUGAGAAGAACUUGGGACCAAGACUGCAGUGGUACCUCAAGCUCAAGUCCUGGUGGGCCUCCAACUAUGUCAGUGACUGGUGGGAAGAGUAUAUCUACCUGAGAGGCCGUGCACCCAUCAUGGUCAACAGCAACUAUUAUGCCAUGGAUUUCCUGUAUGUGUUCCCCACCCCCAUCCAGGCUGCCAGGGCAGGUAAUACCAUCCAUGCCAUCAUGCUUUACAGGAGAAAACUGGACAGAGCCCAGAUCAAACCAAUAUACUUGCUGGCGAACAAGGUUCCUUUGUGUUCGGCUCAGUGGGAGCGGAUGUUUAACACCACCCGCGUCCCUGGUUUGGAGACAGAUACCAUUCAGCACAUGAACGAGAGCAAACACAUUGCUGUGUACCAUAAGGGCCGAUUCUUCAAGGUGUGGAUGUUUUAUGAUGGGCGGCUGCUUUUGCCACGGGAAAUAGAGCAGCAGAUGGAGAGGAUCCUGGCAGACAUGUCAGAGCCCUCUCCAGGAGAGGAGAGGCUAGCUGCACUUACUGCAGGGGAAAGGACUCCGUGGGCAAAGGCUCGUGAAGCCUACUUCAGCCGUGGCAAAAACAAGCAGUCCUUGGAUGCCGUAGAGAAGGCAGCCUUCUUUGUAACUCUCGAUGAUACGGAGCAGCUCUAUGAUGCAGGAAAGCCAGUGAAGUCGCUGGACAGUUUUUCCAAGUCCCUGCUCCAUGGAAAAUGCUACGACAGGUGGUUCGACAAAUCUUUUAACAUGAUAAUUUUCAACAAUGGCACCAUGGGACUAAAUGCAGAGCAUUCCUGGGCAGAUGCUCCAGUCAUUGGCCAUCUGUGGGAGCAUGUACUUUCUAUGGACCCUAAACUGGGGUAUACUGAGGAUGGUCACUGCUGUGGGGAGCCACACCCCAACCUCCCAGGUCCUCUGAGGCUGCAGUGGGACAUCCCUACUGAGUGCCAGGAGGUCAUCGAGAGCUCUCUGACAGUAGCCAGGGCUCUGGCAGAUGAUGUGGACUGCCACUGUUUCCCAUUCACUGACUUUGGCAAGGGUCUGAUUAAGAAGUGCCGCACCAGUCCUGAUGCUUUCAUUCAGAUUGCCCUACAGUUGGCCCAUUACAGGGACAAAGGGAAGUUCUGCCUGACAUAUGAAGCCUCAAUGACGCGUUUGUUCCGUGAGGGCCGAACAGAAACUGUGCGCUCCUGCACCAUGGAGAGCUGUACCUUUGUUCGAUCCAUGAUCAGAGAUGAGACGAGAGAAGAGCGCCUCAAGUUGCUCAAACUGGCAGCAGAGAAGCACCAAAACAUGUAUCGCCUGGCUAUGACAGGAAAGGGCAUCGAUCGCCACCUUUUCUGUCUCUACGUGGUCUCCAAAUACCUGGGAGAAGACUCCGCCUUCCUCAAGGAGGUCCUGUCUGAGCCAUGGAGGCUUUCCACCAGUCAGACCCCCAUGCAGCAGCUCGAGCUGUUUGACCUGGUCAGACACCCAGAAUAUGCUUCCUCCGGAGGUGGAUUUGGUCCGGUGGCUGAUGAUGGUUAUGGUGUCUCUUACAUCAUUGUUGGUGAGAACCUCAUCAACUUCCACAUCUCCAGCAAAUUCUCAAGCCCAGAAACCGACUCUCAUCGUUUUGCCGCCAACAUCAGACGGGCAAUGACGGACAUGCUGGAUCUUUUCCAGCUCAACAAGCAAGCCAAGUGAUUGCCCUUUUCAUCAGUGCACAAACAUCAGAAGUCGUUUUUAGCAAAACGUAUAUUCCUCUUGAAGCUUGUACAGAAUCAGAUGUUGUAUUUUGGAGUUAUUUUUUAAGUUAAUCAAUGUUACACAAAUAAGGGACAUUGAGAGGCAUUUGGAAACAUUGCUAGUAAAUAUAUUGUGAGUUUAUGUGUACUGUAUGUACAGUAUAGACAAGUUGAGAUUCUGGUGGUGGUGGGUACAGGUAGUGUACAGGGCAAAGUUUUUAUUUCCAGAACUGUACACAAACAUUUAUUGGUGGAGUAAAUGUUUAAAAAAGCCAGAAAGGGAGGUGAAAAUACAAGUCUGUAUUACCACAGUACGACACUUGGCUAAAACUUAGAAGCUGAUAUGGUACAACACUUGUACUAGUUUUUGUCCUAGUUUCAUGCUUGUGUGUGUUUGUUGCUUUCAUACUCAGGUUUUACUGACUUGGCCAAGUAUUGUAUGGUGCUGGCUGUAACAUUGGAAGAAUAGCGCUUAUGUUGGUGUGUACAUGUGGAGCAGUAGAAGAAGCUGAGAUGCAGUGCAGUGGCAUGACCUCCAUGAGCUUGUGGCAAGUAGAAUAUUAUGUGUGCUGUUGAAGUGAGGCAUUGGCAGGACCGGGUGCGAGUCUGGGUUGAAUUGUAUUUUUUUUAAAAGAUUGGGUUAACUGUACUUUACCUAAAUUGUGCACUCCAUGACUGGCCCUUUUGUUAAAACUAACAAAUUUCUAACUACCUUGUUAGCCUUUUGUCAGAUCAAGAUACAUUUUUAAUGUUUAUGAGUAAACUGGCAAGUUGGCACUUACAGCAUAAAAGUCCUCAAAAUAGUCUGGGUUAUUGAUCUUACGUGGCUUCCAGACUUCCUGAUAGUUGGGGUUGUCCACUAGAGGGGCUUUCCACUUGCCCUUGUACUGUGGGUUAUUGAUCAUGGGACGUUUCCACACAGUCAUUGCGAAGUACGGAAUUGUUGCGGUCAUUUCAGUUCAGUAGGAAAUCAUUGUUUCUCUUGGAGUGACUCGUAGCAAGUGCAGAGGGGCUGUUGUGUGUAGGAAUACAUUUGUGUUAUGUAUAUGUUGCCAAUUCAUUUUAUUUAUUUUUUUCCUAGUUUGAACCUUUUUGUUCUCAACAACAAACUGUUUGAGAUGUACACAUUUACCUGCUGAAUGUGGCGAAAUGACACGCAUUAAGUUAAAGCUUUGCUGAUUUAAGUGAAAUGGACAGAAUACUUUGUUUUUUUGACAUCACAAUUUUGUUAUCACAGACUUUAACAGUAUACUCUAGUUGUAUGACUUUUUAUCUCAGUAGACCUCAUGUUUACACUACUGCAUGGGUUUUGAAGAUAUAAGCUGUACAUGUUUGCCUUCAAAUUAAAGAUGUGCAAAAAAGGCACACAGCUGAUACACCAAAACAUGUUUAACAGUAAACUGAAUGUCAGACAGCUGUUUCACCUCUGUCUUGUUGUUCUUACAAUGUGAUGUUUCUAAUAAUCUUUAUAAGUUCA